AUGGAUUCGACGGCACAGCAUAUGUCAGAGAAGGACAAAGCUGACGGUCUAGCUGUCAAUCUUACUUCAAUUGCCGACGGUGCUUUAACCCCUGGCACGAGCACCCCUUCAUCAUCUCUCGCCCUCAACCUAGUAACCUGGGAUGGGCCCAACGACCCCGAAAACCCCCAGAAUUGGCCUCGAUCAACAAAGCUAAUCCGAUCCGCUGCACCGCUAGCCGUAAUUUUCUCUAUAUCCAUCGCAUCAAGUAUCUUCGGAGCCGCCUCCGAUAUCACAUCGCAAGAGUAUGGCGUCUCACGAGAAGUAAUGAGUCUCGGUGUAGCCCUCUUCGUCGCAGGCUUCGCUGUUGGCCCUCUCGUGUUCGCCCCAAUGGCCGAGGUGGUCGGAAAUGCACCACCAAUGGCUGUUGCUCUAGCGGGCUGCGCCAUUUUUCAAAUCCCACUUGCUCUUGCAACCAACGUGGAAACUAUCCUCCUAAGCCGCUUCCUGGCAGGCACAUUCGGUGCUGGUGGAUUAGCCGUCGGCUCGGGGAUUCUGGCCGACAUCUUCGGUCCAGUCACUCGCGGGGUCGCGGUGGGUGUCUCUGCCACCGUCAUGAACAUGGGAAGCAUCAUCGGCCCAGUAGUCGGUGCAUACAUCGUUGAUGCAUAUGGCUGGCGCUGGACCGCCUGGGUAACACUCAUUCUCUGCACCACUGUCGGGCUAGCAUGUACUGUGAUAUUGCGCGAGUCCUCGCACAACCGUAUCCUAAUGAACCGAGCUGCCCGACUUCGCCGCGAGACAGGGAACCAGGGUCUUCGCGCACAGGCUGAAAUGGCCUCCUUAGACCCAAAGGUUCUUCUGCGCAAGUACACGACGAAACCAGUCCGUAUGUUUGUUCGAGAACCAAUCCUGAUUGUCAUGACAAUCUACCUGACCCUCGUUUACGGCUCUCUGUACCUCUCGUACCAGCUGUUUCCGCGUGCAUUCCGUAGUCGGGGGUGGAGCAAGCCUACGGCAACAUUGCCGUUCCUCGCUGUUGGGCUGGGCGUGAUCUCGGCGCUGGCGUUGUUUUCGACUUUCACUAUGACAUGGUAUAAGAAGCGGUGGGUGGCUGCGCAGCUAGACUCGAAGGGCGCAUCAUCACCUGGUCGUGUUGCACCAGAGAAGAGAUUGCCGCCUAUGGUGCUGGGUGCUGUGUUGCUGCCGCCGGCUCUGCUUUGGUUUGGGUGGUCGGGUGGUGCGCAUUGGACUGCGCAGGUGAUCGCGUGCUAUGCCAUUGGGCUUGCGCUGCAGACUAUCUUCAUCUGCGGUAUUGUGUAUAUUGUCGACGUGUAUUUGAUCAAUACCGUGUCUGCAACGUGUAUCCAUGUCAUGGUUCGAAGUGUUGUCUCGGCGACAUUUCCGUUGUUUGAAGGCCCCAUGUAUGAGAGACUUGGGAUAAAUUGGUCGGCUACCUUGCUGGCCGGCUUAUCGACGUUGAUAAUGGCGUCUCCGAUUUUGUUCAUAAUUUACGGCUCCCAGAUUCGAAGCUGGAGCCGUUUCUCUGUUGGUUAG